AUGGCUUCUGAAUUAAUGUGGCCAUAUGUUAUUUCUGAGAAAAAUCCUUUUGUUGAAGACUAUUUAGUAUGGGUCCAAAAUCAAAUGGAUCUUACAUUUAGGUUAAAGUAUGAACAAAUUUUUUUAUAUUUACAAGUAAUUAUUAACUUUCGUAUUGGAGUUCGCCAUGAUGCAAUACUUGAAGAAAUCAAUAAAGCACUUAAAUCUUUGAUUCCACCUAUACCUUCACAGUGGCAUUGGGAAAUUGCAGCAUGCAAUUAUACUAAAUUUUUGAAAUUCUGUACUAACCUUUUUAAUACAAUAGGAUAUUCCAACAAAGAAAUCCAUG